CCAAUAAAUUUUAACCAAAUAGUUUGACGGUUUUGCCCCUGGGGCCCGUAACCCCAGCCGGAUCCAUUCGCCUAUUAAUCAGAGCGGAGGUGAGUUUGGAAAGAUCGAGGAGGAGAGAUGCCGAAGAGAACGACGCAUACGUACUCGAGCGAGGACGCGGCGCCGGAAGGACCCGACUCUGAUCUCUUCGUGUACUACUGCAAGCACUGUGGUUCUCAUGUCCUCAUCACUGAUACGCAAUUGCAGAAGAUGCCAAAGAGGAAGACCGACAGAUCCAGUGUGCUGGACAAGAAGAAGCACCUUGCUAGGUUGAAUGUCAGCGAGGGAGGAAAAGUUUUAUUAAAACGCGGCGAAGGCAAACUGGAGAGACAGUUUAGAAUGAACUGCAUUGGCUGUGAGCUUUUUGUUUGUUAUCGCGCUGAUGAGAGUCUGGAAACUGCAGCCUUCGUUUACAUUGUUGAUGGAGCGCUUAGUGCUGUCGCUGCAGAAACUAACCCACAGGAUGCACCAGUGCCUCCCUGCAUUUCACAGCUCGACGGUGGACUUGUUCAGGUCGCAAUAGAAGUGGAAGACCGUGCACAACGUUCAGCAAUCACAAGAGUAAACGCUGAUGAUGUUCGUGUUACUAUUGCCGCACCAGCAGCUCGUGGGGAAGCUAACAACGAGCUUCUGGAAUUCAUGGGAAGGGUGCUUGGUUUAAGGUUGAGCCAGAUGACUCUCCAAAGAGGAUGGAAUAGCAAAUCGAAACUCCUAGUGGUCGAGGAUUUAUCUGCUAGACAGGUGUACGAGAAGCUUCUUGAAGCCGUUGUAUCAUAAAUUCUGUGGUUCGUGCAUGUUGGUGAAGACAUUAACCAAGAGUUCUGCAACCAUAUUGUUAAGACUCUCUGUAAUUGGUUUGUCUCAGAGAAGGAAGAGUUUUAUAUUUUGCUUGAGAAGAUGGACAAAAUUGCUUUCGUCUUUCUGUUUUCAUGCUUCCGAACCACAAGUAUAUACAGUCUUGUACUGUUAGUCGUUAUAAUCUUUUGAUACUGCCAUAAGUGUUUAUCUUUUGAACUAGAAAUUGAAAAUCACAUUUUACCGUUUGUCACA